AUGGCAAGAGAGAAGAUUCAGAUCAGGAAAAUCGACAACGCGACGGCAAGACAAGUAACGUUCUCAAAACGAAGAAGAGGACUUUUCAAGAAAGCUGAAGAGCUCUCCGUUCUCUGCGACGCCGAUGUUGCUCUCAUCAUCUUCUCUUCCACCGGAAAGCUCUUCGAGUUUUGUAGCUCAAGCAUGAGGGAAGUACUAGAGAGGCAUAACUUGCAGUCAAAGAACUUGGAGAAGCUUGAUCAACCAUCUCUUGAGUUACAGCUGGUCGAGAACAGCGAUCACGCCCUGUUGAGCAAAGAGAUUGCGGAAAAGAGCCACCGACUAAGACAAAUGAGAGGAGAGGAACUUCAAGGACUUAACAUUGAAGAACUGCAACAGCUCGAAAAAUCCCUUGAAGCCGGGUUGACACGCGUGAUUGAAACAAAGAGUGAAAAGAUUAUGAAUGAGAUCAGUUUUCUUCAAAGAAAGGGAGUGCAAUUGAUGGACGAGAACAAGCGGCUAAGGCAGCAAGGAACACAGUUAACGGAAGAGAACGAGCGACUAGGCCAGCAGAUAUACAAUAAUGUGCAUGAAAGAUACGUUGGUGGUGGUGGUGAAUCAGAGAACACUGCCGUGUACGAGGAAGGACACUCCUCGGAGUCCAUUACUAACGCUGGAAACUCCACUGGUGCUCCUGUUGACUCUGAGAGCUCCGAUAUCUCUCUUAGGCUCGGCUUACCGUAUGGUGGUUAGAGAUGGAACAAUAUAAAGAAGUUGAUGGAGUGAGGAGAUUAAUGUAAACCUUUUCUUUUUUUUUGUAACAAAAUCUUUUAAACUAUGUAAUAACAAAAUACAAUCUAGUAAGUUCUCAUAAGUCUGUUUUAAGUUUCUGUACGAGGAAGAGGUUUUCCUUUUUCGAGUUUCAUUAUAUGUUAGCUCUAGUGCAUUUCUGUUUUCUCACGACCAAAACUGUAUGGACGUAAGUUGGUAUAUGAGAAGAAACGUUAUGGAAUUUUGAU